AUGCAGUUCACUCCAGUCAAUGUCUUCUUUCGCUCCGUGAGCCGUAUCUCUCGUCAAGGUCGGGUAUUUUCCACGUUUCAACGUCGGUUGCACUUGAAGAUCAAUGCCGACAGGCUUCAAGAGACUAUCCAUGAGACAUGUCAGUGGGGAGCAGCCCACCGAUAUGGAAGCCGUGCAACGGAGACGGGCAUGGCACGAUUAGCCCUUUCAGACGAUGAUGCUAGAGUCAGACGCUGGUUCGCCGAGGAGAUGCAGAGACUUAGCUGCCAGGUCACCGUCGAUCAGCUGGGGAACAUGUUUGCCCGUCGACUGGGCUCCCUGCGUUCAUCUGCACCGAUGACAGCAAUGUCCAGUCACUUGGACAGCCAGCCCUUUGCUGGACGUUAUGAUGGAAUCCUUGGAGUUGUGGCAGCCAUAGAGGCCCUUCGGACGUUGAACGACAACAGUCAUGACACUCGGUAUGACGUUGGCGUUGUGAACUGGACAAAUGAAGAAGGUGCUCGCUUCCCCAAGUCUAUAGGGGCUUCUGGGGUGUGGGCUGGCUGCAUCCCCAUUGAGCAGGCGUGGGACCUUCGGGACAUCUCUGACCCCUCAAUCACCCUGAAAGGCGAGCUUGAGAGACAUGGCUUCUUGGGCCGAAAGAAGAUUGGGGUCGUCUUGGGAGCUCAGGCAUACCGCUGGCUGACUUUUACAGUCUUUGGACGAAACGCUCACACUGGAACGACGCCGUUGGCUGCGCGAAAAGACCCCCUGCUUGCUGCGGCCAAGAUGAUUGCCUCGUCCAACGGAAUCGCAAAACAGCUCGGGGCUCUAGCUUCAACCGGCGUGGUCAAGACACCGUCCAGCUCGUCCAUCAACACGCUGGCAUCAGAAGUCAGCUUCACGCUAGAUCUGCGACACCCCCAAGACUCGGUGGUUGCAGAACUGCAGGAGAGGUGCCUCGAAUCGUUCCGGGAGAUUGCGCGCCAAGACGGGAAGGGAGUCGAGUUUUCGUGGACGCUGGACACGGACUCGCCAGCGGUUAGGUUUGACCAGGGCUGCGUCGCGGCGGUGCGUGAGGGGGCUGUCUCGUUGGUUGGCUCGGCUGGAUGGAUUGAGAUGACGAGCGGAGCCGGCCACGACAGUGUGUUUACCAGUCGGCGGUGCCCGACGGCCAUGAUUUUCGUCCCGUGCAAGGAUGGCGUGAGCCAUCAUCCCGAGGAGUUUUGCAGCGCCGAAGACUGUGCCACUGGCGCCCAAAUUUUGCUGGAUUCUGUUCUCAACUACGAUGCAACCCGGACUGGGGGUUCAAGGUGA